AUGGAGAGCUUGGCAGUUCAUGAGUACUACGUUGCUCUGAAGACAGUGGAAAUGAGACAGAUGGCUGUUGGUUACUUUCUGGAAAAGGAGGACUACUUGGAAAUCUUUGUAGCAGAUUUGCAAACUUAUCGUCGACGCGACCGUACACUUGCCGUAUGCAUUAACGUCUCUUCAGUAAUCAACAAUCGAAAGCUAGUACUAUCAAAUUCAGCAUCUGUACAUUUUCAGAAUAAUAAAAUAGAGGUUUGCGCAAGUUGUACUUUAGAAAUCAAUCGUCACAGUCUUUUUAUAUUAGAGACACAAUGAAGAAAGUGAGCGCCACAACUUCAGCCAAGAAGUUGUUCUUGUAUUCCGCCCAUGAGAACAAUCUUGCGGAGCUACUAAUAGCACUUGGAGUAUUUGAGUACCCCCACGUACCUACUUACGGAUCUUUUAUACUGCUGGAGGUACACAAUAUUAACGGAGUCCACGGAGUUAAGAUUUUCUAUGAAAAUUACAGCGGAUACGGCGUGAAGCUGUUGAAGAUGCCCAAUUGUGAUGAAUUUUGUCCACUGGACAAGUUCGUCCACUUGGUCACGGAUCUGAUACCCGAUAAGUCGUUAUGCGGAAUAUGAGCUGAUAUUCCCUAAUAAAGUUUUGUUCAGUAUUAUUUGCUAAUAAAAGCUUUAAAACCUGAUAA